AUAAGCGAUAAGACACCUCACCGUAGCUAAUCUCUUAUCGUACCGAAAACCCGUGACCGAGCCCCAACCCGCUUACCUAAUCCCACUUUGUUCAGGAAAUUCAGAAAUCGAAUCGACUCGCUAAGCGAAAAGGGUUUCGUAGCCCUCAUCCCGAUGUUUUCGCCUGUACGGCCGAAUAGGAACAGCCCCAACCAGCCCCAAUCGACGACCCCCCGACAAAUCGACAAUUCCGAAGACGAGUCGAUCUUCAAUAACAUCAAAACUCCUCGAUUUCACCGACUGUCGAGAAGUCCCUUCGUCAAGAUGCCAACUGAAGCAGGUCACCGCCUAUACGUCAAGGGUCGCCACCUGAGCUACCAACGUGGCAAGCGCAUCACUACCCCAGGCACCUCGCUCAUCAAGAUUGAGGGUGUUGAGAACACUGAGGGCGCAAACUUCUACCUCGGAAAGAAGGUCGCUUUCGUGUACCGUGCCCAGCGCGAGGUUAGAGGAUCAAAGAUUAGAGUUAUCUGGGGCAAGAUCACCCGCCCACACGGAAACUCCGGUGUAGUACGCGCACAGUUCAGACGCAACCUCCCACCAAAGUCGUUCGGUGCGUCCGUCAGAGUCAUGUUGUACCCUUCCUCGAUAUAAAGAAAGAAUUUCUGGGAUCGGGAGUUGGUAGCAUCAUGGACGGUGGUUUGUGGUUGUUAUGGUAUGCUGGGGAUUCGGUCACUGCAAAAUAGGGCAGGAAUUCGACGCGUAGCUUUUUGCUGGUAGCCUACAAUCGAAAGAAUACCAACCAUGAGGUUCCGCCUGACGGGAA